GAAAAAAGGGAGGAGCCGAUGGGAUUCGUGACGUCGACCUGGAAUGAGGGAGUGAAUGUUCCGGGUCAGAAACUGGACUAAGAGGAAAUAAACUCCGGGAUAAGAAAAACACGAAAUAAGCGCCGCUAAACAGACAUGUAACCGCUUCCAAAGAAAGAUCCGGGACACUUCAGCGCCUUCCUGUAAAGAUGUUGCGAGAAAGGUGAAAAAGGCGGAAAGAAAACUCCAGGGAUCAACGCCGAAGGGGAGCGCGACGUUUUUAUGAUUCCAUGUUUCUGUGCGCGAUACAUUUGCGCUGCGGAUCGAUAGAUUGUGUCCGACACUAGUUGCUUCGGCGCUCCGAGUGUCUCGCGCUUGUUUGUUUUAGUUUUGAUUGCUGUGGAAACUUUUCCAGCAUUACGGAUUUAUCCAGGAUUCGGAUCACCAUCCCGUGAUGUUUCACUGUAUCCCCCUGUGGCGGUGCAACCGUCACAUCGAGUCGAUCGAUAAGCGCCACUGCUCGCUCCUCUUCGUCCCGGAUGAGAUCUAUCGCUACAGAGGCAGUUUGGAAGAGCUUCUGCUGGACGCCAACCAGCUCCGGGAUUUGCCCAAGCAAUUUUUCAAUUUGACUAAGCUGAGAAAACUUGGCCUGAGUGACAAUGAGAUCCAGCGGCUGCCGGGGGAUGUAGCUAACUUCAACCAGCUCGUAGAGCUAGACAUCUCUCGAAAUGACAUUAUGGAACUCCCUGAAAGCAUUUCAUAUUGUAAAACCCUCCAAGUAGCAGAUUUUAGUGGAAAUCCUUUGACAAGGUUGCCAGAUAGUUUUCCGGAAUUACAGAAUUUAACAUGCCUUUCCAUCAAUGACAUUUCUUUACAAGCACUUCCAGACAACAUUCGGAACCUCUGUAACUUGGUAUCACUGGAACUCAGAGAGAAUUUGCUGACAUAUUUACCAGAGUCUCUGUCUCAACUUCAUAAACUUGAAGAACUGGAUGUAGGAAGCAAUGAACUGUAUAAUUUGCCCGAGACAAUAGGCUGUCUCAUCAGCUUGAAAGACCUGUGGCUGGAUGGAAACCAGCUGUCUGAAAUACCACCGGAACUGGGUAGUAUGAGAAGCCUUACGUGUCUGGAUGUAUCGGAAAACAAGUUAGAGCGCCUCCCAGAGGAGAUGGGAAACCUUCUUUCCCUCACUGACCUGCUGGUGUCCCAGAACCUCAUAGACAUGCUGCCGGAGGGCAUAGGAAAAUUAAGACGGCUUUCAAUAUUGAAAGCAGAUCAAAACCGAUUAGUCCAACUGCCGGAGAGCAUCGGCAACUGUGAAAGCCUGACAGAACUAGUGCUGACAGAGAACCAGCUGGUGAAUUUGCCAAGAAGUAUUGGAAAACUAAAGAAACUGUCCAACUUCAACUGUGAUAGGAAUCGACUAACGUCUUUACCGAAAGAGAUCGGUGGCUGCUGCAGUCUGAAUGUUCUGUGUGUGAGAGAGAACCGCCUGACGCGCAUCCCUCCAGAGCUCUCGCAGGCUGCGGAGCUGCACGUGCUCGACGUGUCUGGAAACAGGCUGCUCUACCUGCCCUUGACCCUCACUACACUACGACUCAAAGCGCUCUGGCUGUCAGAGAACCAGUCUCAACCCCUGCUCACCUUCCAGACGGAUAUGGACCCCGAGUCUGGAGAGAAGGUUCUGACCUGUGUGCUGUUGCCUCAGCAACCCUGCGAGUCGGAAAACAAAGGUUCAGAUAACCUGGCGCGCUGUGGUGCUCUGGAGAGUCUCGUGGAGAGUGGCGUACUGGACGACACCUGGGACGACAAAGCCACGAACAGGAUGAGCACCAUUCGCUUCAUGGAGGACGAUGAUGAUGAGGACGACGAAGAGAGAACGCUGUUGAGACGGGCCACUCCUCACCCCGGCGAGCUCAAGAACAUGAAGAAGGUGGCCGAGAGCAUCCGAAAGGACAUGAACGCCGCCAAAGGCCUGGAUUCCAACAAAAACGAGGUCAAUAAUGCUGUGGAGCGAGUGACCACCACGUCUGUGUGACCGCUUUAACUCCGAGAUGUCUCUUACCCAAUGUGUCUCUCCCUGAAGCCCCCGCAGAGCCAUUCCUCACUGUUUUCUCCCAGGGGCUGACCGCCCUCAUGCUCUCCUGGGACCACCAGAGCCCCUUUUCCAGCCCUGCUAACUUCAUCUGUGUCAGGGGCGAGCCCCGCGACAAGGUGCCUUCUUUUCUAAAGACCUCCAGAGCAAUAACCUGCGAAGGAAUGCACGUUUUUACUCUUCAAAUCCAGUGCUUUUCAUUUGCUUUUCUGACACAAAAUAGGUAGUUGCACUACAAGUCUUAGCGGAAUCUUUAAUAUAGAAAUAUGAAAUUAUAUAUAUAUAUAUAUUUGCUCUAUUUUUUUAUUUUUUCGAAACACUGGGUGCAUUUCUAUCUUUCGGUGACACACGGAGCCCAGGCAUUUUUGGACCUACUGAUUUAAAAAAUUCUUGUAUAGUUGCUUGUGAAUAUUGAUACUUUUAUAUACGUGUGGCAGCUCAGGUGGUGUCAAUUUUAGAAACACACAAAAAUGUGUAGCCAGUUUCUUAAUCAACGAACUUUCCCAUCGCUUGGACUUGAUUUCAGAAUUGAAAAGCAUUCGAACAAAGUGGCGUACACGGUUAAUUCUGAUCUGAACGUGAGGGGGCAGCUCUGUAUUUCACUACCAGGUGUUUCUUCAUAACCCAUUGUGUGUAAAGAACAUGUUUUGUACUAAAAUCCAAUAAGGGCUCAUGCGGUUCAGGACCGUGAGCCGAAACACUCCGACUUUUGGACCUGUCCGACAGACCUGCACUGUGCUUUAUCACCAUAAUAGUCCUUCUGCCGCAGUUCAAAUGUGCUUCCAGCUUUCUAAAGGCAGGUACAAUAAAAGUCUUUUGUAAUUAUUAAGGUAAGGGUAGUUAUUAUAUAUAGCUUUGGUUUAGGUGAGCAGUUUUUCCCUCCAAGUGCCAGAAUGCACUUUUACAAACAACGCUAUCAUUUUUAAAAACAAAAAAAUAUAUAUGUAUGGUACACUACGGACUUCAUUUUACAUUGUAUGUUUUCAUUUGUAUUCCAAGGCAGACAGAUUUGGUUUUUAAUGUUGAUUUUUAUCCUUGAAUUAUUUCUUGUAAAUGAUGAAGCUGCACAGAAAACAAUCUUAAGCAGGCGCUGUUUCUGGGCCAGUACGUUUAUGACUUUAACCACUGAAAUAAUAAAAUGACUUUAUAAA